AGUUUAUGCGUGAAAGGGCAAUGGCAGUGUCGACUAGCAACAGGAGAGGAAAUGGUAACGACUUCAGCUUCAAUAAUGCCACCAUUAUGUUCAGCAGCAGAUCAUCAAGAAUAUACUGAUUGCAUCUCACAUUGUCCUCUAACAUGCCAAAAUUUUCAUGAAAGUCCAUCUUGUACUAUAUCUGUUUGUAGGUCUGGAUGUAGAUGCCAGGAUGGUUAUAUCUUUAAUGAAGUUACAGGAACAUGUGUUAAGCCGUCAGAUUGUCCUUGUCAUCAUGGAAAACGUAACUAUAAAGAAAAAGAAACUAUAAAAAUUGAUUGCAAACAAUGUGUUUGCACAUCAGGACGAUGGAUAUGUGACAAUACUGCAUGUCCUGGAGUCUGUUCAACUUGGGGAAAUUCUCAUUUUAUUACAUUUGAUGGCCACAUUUAUGAUUUCCAAGGGACUUGUGAUUAUAUUUUAGUAAAAGGAAAAAUAAAUGAUGAAAAGUCUUUUUCUGUCAUAAUACAAAAUGAAAUAUGUGGUACUGGAGGCAUUUCCUGUAGCAAAAGUAUAACAUUUGUAAUUGGUGGUGAACAUUUGAUGUUGUUUAAGAAUACUCCAUUACUAUAUAAACAUUUAAAUUCACAAUUUCAAGUAAAAGAAGUAGGAAUGUUCCUUCAUGUUACAACUGAUAUUGGUAUAUCUAUACAAUGGGAUAAAGGAACAAGAAUAUAUAUUCGUGCUGAACCAAUUUGGAUGAACAAAUUGGAAGGUUUAUGUGGUGAUUUCAAUGGCGAUAGUGUUGAUGAUUUAAAACAGCCAUCUGGAGAUAUUCCUGCAGUUGAUGUAAUAGAUUUUGCAAACAGUUGGAAAAUGCAUUUAUAUUGUCAGAAACCAAAGCAGCUUAUAGAUUCAUGCAGCUUACAUUCGGAAAGACAUAAUUGGGCUAAAAACAAAUGUUCUGUUUUAAAAUCGUCAUUAUUUAGCAAUUGUCAUGAAGAAGUGAAUUUAGAACCUUACUAUAAAAGGUUAGAA